CAUCUGCGUGUGCGCUGCACACAGCCUGCGAUUCUUUUGGCUGGCCAAAACAAUUCUCAUGUUUACAUCACGUCAGUCCUUUUAAACAGCACAUUAUUGUGUUGAAGCUCCUAUUCAAGUAAGAAUUUGAAGCUCGUGAUGUUUUUUCGUUCGUCCAAGUGUUCCAGGAUAAUGUUUCUAAAAAAGCUCUAGCUAGUAGAGCUGGUAAAUGUUUACAGUCAACCAACCGGUGUUAGCUAGCACCCGUUCACGUUAGAUGCGACGUUUAUAGCUUCAGUCUGUGGGUAAAAAGAGACUACAUUUAACGUCAGCCCAUUCCUGACUCGGAAGAGAUGCCACCUAACAGACGGAUUCACAAGGAAACACUGAAAUUGGAGUGUGAAUGGAGUUCUUGUCAGGAGUCAUUCAGUCGGAUAGAUAACUUCUGCAAACAUGCGGAGGGUCAUCUUAAUAAUGCUCUCAACAUGGCGGAGGAGGACGAAGAAGAAACCGAAGGGGAGAGAAACUGUCUUUGGAGAGACUGUGGUUUCUGUUCUGUGGAGGGUCCUGAAGAAUUGCGAAGACAUCUGUUCUUUCACUGUUACCAUACAAAGCUGAAGCAGUUGGGUCAGCAGGUGCUUAAUGCCCAGACAGAAAUUGGCACAUGCUCCAUCGGCUACCAGAACCGCAACGUCAUCCCUGAAAUCCCAGACAAUUUUAUCUGCCUUUGGGAGGAAUGUGAGCAACCACCAUAUGAAAACCCAGAGUGGUUCUAUCGCCAUGUGGAGAUGCAUAGCCUGAGCAUAGAUAUACCAGCAGGAGACCAUGAAUUCCCAAUACGUUGUGGAUGGAAAGAUUGCGAAGCCACCGCUAAAGGGCGUCCUAAGCUUCGGGAGCACCUGCGCAGCCACACUCAGGAGAAGGUAGUGGCAUGUCCAGGCUGUGGGGGGAUGUACGCCAGCAACACCAAGUUAUUUGACCACAUCAUACGACAGAGUGCCAUGGAAGGUCAGAGGUUCCAGUGUUCUCACUGUUCCAAACGUUUUGCAACAGAAAGACUACUGAGAGACCACAUGAGAACCCACGUGAGCCACUACAAAUGCCCGCUGUGUGACAUGACUUGUCCAUCACCUUCUUCACUACGCAACCAUAUUAAGUUCCGCCACAGUAACGAAAAGCCAUACAGCUGUGAAUACUGUGAAUACAGCUGUAAGAAUCUAAUAGACUUGCGCAAACACCUGGAUACCCACAGCAGCGAGCCGGCAUUUCACUGCAGCGUUCCUGGCUGCGGCUUCACCUCUCGGAACCUCGGCACCAUGACGAUUCACCAUAAAAGAGAGCAUGAGGGGAAUUUUGUAGCCCGCUACAAGUGCCAUGUGUGCGAUCAGUGCUUCACCCGGGGCAACAACUUAACUAUUCAUCUGCACAAAAAGCACCAAUUCAAAUGGCCCUCUGGACACCCCAGGUUCAGGUACAAGGAGCACGAGGACGGCUUCUUGCGGCUGCAACUGAUUCGUUACGAGAGUGUGGAACUGACAGAGCAGCUAAUGAGGGAACGACAAAGUAGUCAAGCGGAGGAGGAUGAGGACAGCGGUCAGAUUGAGGAAGAAUCCCUGGGGGCAGCUCCCUCAGAGUUGCAGGUAGAACUGAGAGGGGUGCUGCUAGAGGAGCAGAGGAUUGAGGGUACAACCUCCAAUGCUGAGGGGGGCAGUCAGGAAGAGGGCAUGUUGUACGUUCUCACUGGAGGUUUGUCAGAAGCAGGGGAGGACUCCGUCAUGCAGCAAUUACAGGAUACUGCUCAGCAGCAAGGAAUGCACGUAGGUUGACUGCCACAGUCCUGCAUAAACGUUGAAAGGAUAUUCUGUAAUCAGCUGUGCUGUUUCUAAGAUGCAUGGCACAUGCCUGAAAAAAAUUGUGGAAUUCCAGAGCCUUUAAUGGGGGCUUGAAGCACUUAAUAAUAAGUUUAAACGUCUAAAUGAAAAGAUGUGUAUUCCAUGAUGACCAAUUCUUUACUAUAAGGCUGCAUUCACACAAAAUCAGAGACACUUGAUGUCAUUCUUGUUUCAGUGUCAGUUUUUGGGGUUUGAUGGGGUGGGAAAGAAGUGGGUUAUUUACAUGUGAUCUGGAGAAAAUGUCAGUCUUCUGCCUGGCAUCACCACACAGCUAACCUAUGGUAAUGUCUUUCAUGAGUUCCCCUGGAACUCCCAAACAGCAAGUAUGUUAAGGGUGUUUCUCUCUGCUGUUAUUGUUUUUUCACAUAUAACUGAUAAUAUGCAGAGGUCCACUGUAACAAGCGCUAACGUCAACUAAUGUCACCUAUCAUAGCUAACAUUAGGCUCACUGUGAAAAACAACAGCGGAGAGAAACGGACUUACUUGCAGUUUGGGAGUUUCGGGUAAACUCGUGAAAGCCGUAGACGUACGGUGAAGCCAGAGGCUGCAGUCAAGCCAUCGAUGUGCAUCUGAUGCCCUCUGGCCCAAAAAAUACUUUUUUCCCAUAGACUUACAUGGCAUAAGAGACGUCAGUAAAUCAGUGAUUACAUUUUUUGAGCGUCACAACCCUGCGAAAUGACUAUCACUAUCAGAAUUUGAUCCAUUAGGUCCGAAAACAUUUGGAAACGCUAGAAGAGCACGAUUAAAUAAUUUAUUCCCUAUUCAAGUUAGCCGGAGUGCUAAACAGGAUGUAGCCGGCAGAAGUCUCUAGUGCGCCUCCUCUAUGGGCCACACAGUACGGAAGUAGUGCCAAUCAUCCGGGUAAUUUUAGACGUGGCAGUUGAACUUUUCUAGCUUCAUGCACCACUGAGCAACUCUCAUAGGAAUGAGUGGGGGCCCCGCUUCCAACACUGUAUCCAGUUCUCUUUAUACAUCCAUAAGGGCGCUAUUCUCUGUUCUUCAUUGCUGCAUUUAGCCGGAGACUAGAACAGUUGUAGGCGGUUAUGCUACCCACGUCAGGUCCGGAAGAAUUGCAUCCCUCGGUACCUCUGGUACCUGUGGUACUGGGUACUGUAGAAAAACAAGUACCAUCACGUUUUUAGAAUUUUGGCAUUGACUUGGUACCGAAGUAUCGGUUCUUGUGAAAUCCCUAGUGGGGAACACAAUUGAAACACAAAUGGCCAUUUAAGUGACACUCCCAUACUGCCGCACAACCCUGCGCUAAUCGCCGCAAUGCCUGAUUUGGUGUGAAUGCAGCCUAAGCCAAUGUUAGUUACUAAACCUUAUUUAUUUAAAGCUUUUUAUUGCUAAUGUUGAGCUUGUGGACAACCUGUUUUUCAGUAUUUAUUAUUUUCAAUAAAUGCAUUGUAUCUUAUACUGUUACAUGUUUAGACGGUUGAAUACUAAUGCUGCACUGCCUAGUGGGUUGUCAUUCCUUUUUAGAUCGCUCUCCCAAAUUCAGAAAUCUAUCAAACGCACCCUUUGAAAGGUUAGGCAUACUGUAUGAGUUACAACAGUGGCCUGUAAGCAUUAUUAUUCACUGAAAUGUAUGGAAUGCAGCAAAAAGGGUUACCUUAUUAGUUUAGAGUUUGUAUUUUCUGACGUUUAAACAAUUUGAAUAAACUGGUGACACACAA